UGGCCCUGGCAGUGAUCAGGAGCCGGGACCCAUACCGCGCUGCUUUACCCAGUUUGACGUCGGCCUCGCAAUACGGCUGCUCUUCCAGGGUUAGUCAGGUUCUGCGGUGAACUUAAUCAUGUGUGUCGCGCUAUAGGUAAUUGCCUUGGAGCCAUGUCGCGAUCUGUUAAGGCUCGCCUCUGUACUAUUAGAGCCUUCCCCACCCCGCCUCUCGCCAUUCCCGAUUCCCCCCUUCGCCGCUAUGCCGACGCAGCACCCCACCUGCACCAACCUCCGCAUCAGGUCCGUGCGCGAUGCCGAAAUCAUCCUCCAUGGCGUGGCUACGGGCCGGCUGCCCAUGGUCCACCGUCGACUGGACGACGAGGAUCGCCUCUCGCUCACUACGGGCUGCAUCUACGUCUGGGAAGAGCGGAGUAGCAACCCCCUUGAGUGUACAGGGCAGGAGAUACAGCGCUUCACAGAGGGCCGUAGCUGGGGGCCGUCGCGUGCCCGUGACGACUUCCUCUUAUACUACGAGAAGGAGAGCAAUAGUCGAUCCUCCGUACAUCUGCGGAACAACCUCAUGGGAUCCUCGCAGCUCAUUAAGCAAACGUACUCCGUCAUCGUUCAUGAGCCGGAUGGGCAGACUCGGAAGUGGCAUCUCAAUGCCUACUAUACGCAAGACACCGUCGAUCAGCUCAAGACGGUAGACGACAUACCCAGCCUCAGGGGCAUCGGCGUCCCGGAAGGACGAUACGUGUGCGCACGAACUAGUAAUACUCGAAGGUCGUCACGGAGCUCCGCGCGAGCUGGCAGCACUGGGGAGAGGCUACGUUCGACAGUGGACCGCCGAGGCGAACUCCCAAGCCAACCCUCCCCUUCUCUCAGCAUCUCAUCCAGUACGCUUCCCUCUCCGUCUACAUCAACGAGUAGUCCGAUGAGCCGUCUGCCGUCCAUGAGUCGUGCAGUCGAACAUCACCCGGAGUCGGCCAGGCGUCUCGCGCCAUUGGAGUAUUUGCAAGCUCUACCACAGCCCGCUCGCAGUCCUGUUGAUGCUGAAGCCCUUAACUCCUUCCGUCACGCCCCUUAACGUCUCCAAUACGCACCGCACUAGCCCCUGUCAUUGUAUUAGAAUCAUUUCCUACAUUGCUUUCGUCCAUCUGCUCGCUAUACGCUGUCUCGUACGCAUUGUUACUGCUUUCCCGGUCCCGUGGACCCUCUACACUUUCUAUGUACGACUACACGCGGCGCUCGCAUUGUUGGUUGCAAGUUGAUUG